UGAAGAUGCUGGGGCGGCUAACGCUAGCCCGUGGUUAACUGUAACAAGUUAGCCAAGUUAGCUGUUUAUGAUACGAUUAGCUUCAUGAUAUCAUGUCUGAGACUAAACCAGGCGGUUGUACCGGCCACGAAUGAUGCACCGGGGAUAGUCGACGGGGAAGUGUUUUCCUCCCUGAUGCCCAGCAUGUUGAUACUUAUUAAGCUACGUAAAAAAAAUAUCGAGGACAAUUUUAGCGUUAGUUCUGUAAUUGACCGACCAAAUAGUCUGUCUGGAAAAAUAAGAAAUUAAUCGGAAGAUUUUCACGAUAUUAAGUGGCUGGUUGCUGAUUGCCGCCGUCCCUGAAACGAAAACGGGCGAGGAUGGAGCGACGUUGGCUGAUCGAUAUUUGAUCAAACCGCAGCCAAGAUACAGGCAUCAUCGCAACAACAAUUUUUUUUUAAAUCGUCAUUUUGGUAAAGUAACAGCUAUGAACAUCAGCAAAAGCAGACCCUCCAGCUCUUCCAGCUUCUCUUCAAACUUAUCAGCGAGCGGCCUUGAAGAUGAUGGCACCAGUCUUAGGCAGCAGAAACUGGAAAAACAGAGGGCUCUUCUUGAGCAGAAGCAGCGUAGGAAGCGGCAGGAGCCUUUAAUGGUGCAGCCCAACCCAGAAGCCCGGCCGCGGCGACCUAUGCCCAGGCGCAGUGAGGAUCAGGCCCCAUUGGUGGAGACCCGCCUCAGUAUGGCCAGUGACUUCAUCAUGGAUGGUAUUGACGGGCCUGCUGCUAUUUUGGGCUCGGAUGCCCCUGAUCUGGGUACAAAAAUUCAGAUCCUGUCAGUGAGUGAGUCCCAGCCACAAUCCCAACCACCGUCUCAGCCACAAUCCCCUGCUGCUGAGGAGCUGGAGAGGGAUGGCGACACAGAGGCACUGCUGGAGCCCAAGACAGACAUUCAUGAGCUGUUACAGAAACGAGGUCUUUCUGGCAGUAUGAACUACGACGAGGCCAGCGAAGAUGAGGAAGACACUGCAGUGGAAGAGCGGAUGCGCUCCCUGUCCCCUAACGCGGACACCACCCGGCCUGCCUCUGCAUCCAGUGUCAAGUCCAGUUCGGAGCUGGUAACGCCCGGGUCACCCACGGCAGAGAGCUCACUCAUCGACGUGGACAACCUAGAGGAGUUCGUCUUGCGUCCUGCUCCACGCGGAGUCACGGUCAAGUGCCGCAUCACCCGAGACAAAAAGGGCAUGGACCGUGGACUCUACCCAACCUACUUCAUGCAUAUGGAGAGAGACGACGGCAGGAGGGUAUUUCUGCUGGCAGGAAGGAAGAGGAAAAAGAGCAAGACAUCCAACUACCUUAUCUCAGUGGAUGCCACUGAUCUAUCGCGCGAGGGAGAGAGCUUCAUGGGUAAACUAAGGUCUAACCUGAUGGGCACCAAGUUCACGGUGUAUGAUAACGGGACAAACCCUUGCAAGAACCCUGGGGCGCUACUAGAAGAGAGUAACACAAGGCAGGAGCUGGCUGCCAUCUGCUACGAAACCAACGUGCUUGGAUUCAAAGGCCCCCGUAAGAUGACCGUGAUCAUCCCUGGGAUGAACAUGAACUUUGAGAGAGUCCCUGUCCGACCCAACACUGAGCAAGAGAGCCUUCUGAGUAAGUGGCAAAACCACUCACUGGACAACCUAAUUGAACUCCACAACAAGGCUCCUGUGUGGAAUGACGACACCCAGUCAUAUGUGCUCAACUUCCACGGCCGUGUCACCCAAGCCUCAGUCAAAAACUUUCAGAUUGUCCACGACAAUGAUCCCGAGUACAUUGUCAUGCAGUUUGGCAGAGUGGCAGAGGAUAUCUUCACCCUGGACUACAACUACCCCAUGUGCGCCCUGCAAGCCUUUGCCAUUGGUCUAUCCAGCUUCGACAGCAAGUUAGCCUGCGAAUAAACCACCACAAUCAAAUCACCUCUCACACCACCAAAUGGAGUCAUUGCAUGUAUACUGUACAUGCGUGCGCGCGCGCACACACACACACACACACACACACACACACACACACACACAGUCACACAUCUCUCAGCAGUAUAACGCUCCUUUACACAAGACUGAAUGCAUGUAUGUUUUUGGACCAGGACAUUUGUAGUCGCAGUCACCAGCAAAUCUGCCUCAGAGGAAGAUGAUGUGCAGUAGCUACAGGGACAGAAUACGAUACUGAGAUAAGAGGGAGAAGACAUUGCCAUGCUUGGGCUUGCUAGUUCCUUUGUGUUGGCCAACAACAUUCAACAGUCAUCCUCUAAAAUCAUGAAUCAUCAUCACAGUUCAUUUAUUGUAUAUUGACUUUUGAACUUUUUCAUGCUGUUUUAAAGUGGCUGUUUUAGUAUUGGUUAGCUGUCACAUAUAUAUAGGUUUGUUUGUGUGUGUGUGCACACAUUCAUGUACACUGAGAAGCCAAAAACUUAAAACCACUCGACAGUAAGUGAAUAACAUUAUCUCAUUAUGAUGGCACCUGUCAAGGGGUGGGCUGUAUCAGGUAGCAAGUGAACAGUCAGUUCUUGAAGUUGAUGUGUUGGAAUUAGGAGCAUAAGGAUCUGAGGGACCUUGAAAGGGCCAAAUUGUGAUGACUGGACAACUGGGUCGGAGCAUCUCCAAAAUGGCAGGUCUUCUGGGAUGUUCGCAGUAUGCAGUGAUCAGUACCUACCAAAAGUGGUACAAGGAAAGGCAACCGGUGAACUGGCGACAGGGUCAUGGGCACCCAAGGCUCAUUGAUACGCAUGGGGAAUGAAGGCUAGCCUGUCUGGUCCGACCCCACAGAAGAGCUCAACGUUGCUGAUAAAAGUUGAUGCUGGCUAAGAUAGACAGGUGUCAGAACACAGUGCGUCGCAGCUUGCUGUGUAGCCGCAGACCCGUCAGAGUGCUCAUGAUAACCCGCCCACUGCCGAAAGCACUUACAAUGGGCAGGUGAGCGUCAGACCUGGACAAUGGAGCAGUGGAAGAAGGUGGCCUGGUCUGAUGAAUCAUGUUUUCUUUUACAUCAUGUGGACGGCUGGGUCCACGUGUGUCGUUUACCCGGGGAAGAGAUGUCACCAGGGUGCACUAUGGGAAGAAGGCAAGCCGGCGGAGGCAGUGUGAUGCUCUGGGUAAUGUUCUGCUGGGAAACUUUGGGUCCUGGCAUUCAUAUGGAUGUUACUUUGACAUGUACCACCUACCUAAACAUCGUUGCAGACCAAGUAAACCCCUUCAAGGCAACAGUAUUCCCUGAUGGCAGUGGCCUCAGGUGGUUUUAAUGUUUUGGCUGAUCGGUGUAUCUAUGUGCACACAAACGAAAAGGGACAAAAGACGCCAAGGGAAACAGACCGGUCUAAACAUUUCCUCUAAACAGGAGGCAGGCACUCUUUCCAGAAGUGUGAAGGAACCUUUUCGAUCCGACGGUUACAGCUGGGGCUGUCGUAUCUGAGAAGCAAUAUCAUGUACUAAUUUGAUGCCUUUUCUUUUGCUCCUGUUGCCUUUAAAAUUUGAUUUCCCUCUCUCUGUUUUUUACUCGUCUUAACUGUAAGUUGUGUGAGUGACGCAUGUAUCAGCUUACGACUGAUUUUCUACCCGUGUCCAUCCCAUAGCAUCUUAUUUUGCUCCUGUUUGCUGAUGUGGAAAGUGCAUUAUUCCCAAUAGGUUGUCUUACUGGAAAUCUCUUUUUUUUGUGCUUUGGUGAAACAGUGUAAUGGUUUGACUUGAUAUUGUGAUGUUCUUUUGUCUGACAAAGUUGGAAUUUCACAGAAAAAGUAAGCAGAAACGCAGAGUUGCACAGUGAAAUAGAAAAAAAAGAUUUACUAUAUUCUUAUAUACAUUUAUGCCUUGUUUUUAUCUCUUCCGAUAGUCUUAAAGCAUCCUGUGAUUUCAAAACAUGAAACUUUGAAAGAGCAAUAUGCCAAAAAAAAAAAAUUAAUCAUAAUGCAUCCAUCAUGGCCAGACCUGGCGCUGUGUAUGAAGGACUACUACGAGAACCAGAACUAAUUAGUCCAGGACAAAGAUAAAUUAUUUCUGUAAACCCUGUUGUAUUUGUAAGAAAGAGAAUAUCUAAAUUUAUGUUUCAUAGACAUGUAAGCCAAGGGGGGGGGGGGGGAGUUUAUAUCCAAGACAGCUG